GUUUCCCUGAAGUGGUGAACACAGGCUGCUAUGGGCUAGAGUUCAUAAUUUAAUUUCAUACUCGCGCAGUGAAAGAGGGAGACAUAUAGAUCAAUUAUCAAUGUCACCCAAGGCACGCAACUUCGAUGUUCAGCCAUUCUCACCUUAAUCCAUAUUUAAUUGCUCCUGCAUCUCUAUUUCUUUCUCUAUCGCUCGCUGUGCUCCUUUCCUUUUUCUGAAUCUCUCAUUCUUUCUGUCGGAAAACGGAGGGUGCGUGUGUGUGUGGCCAUGGCUGCGGCUGCAGCUGUCAUCGUGCCAUUGGGUCUGCUUUUCUUUGCCUCCGGCCUCGUUGUUAAUCUCAUUCAGGCAAUAUGCUAUGUACUUAUACGGCCUGUGUCAAAGAAUUUGUAUAGACGGAUCAAUAGGCUAGUCGCAGAAUUGUUGUGGCUGGAACUCAUAUGGCUGAUAGAUUGGUGGGCUGGAGUUAAGGUCCAACUAUUUACAGAUCGAGAAACAUUUCAUUUAAUGGGUAAAGAACAUGCGCUUGUCAUAUCCAAUCACAAAAGUGAUAUUGAUUGGCUUGUUGGAUGGGUUUUAGCUGAGCGUUCAGGUUGCCUUGGCAGCACUCUGGCUGUGAUGAAGAAAUCUUCAAAACGUCUUCCGGUCAUUGGCUGGUCCAUGUGGUUCUCUGAAUAUCUUUUUCUAGAGAGAAGUUGGGCCAAGGAUGAAAGCACAUUAAAGUCAGGUCUUGAACUCCUUAGGGAUUUCCCUCUUCCCUUUUGGUUGGCUCUCUUUGUUGAAGGAACUCGUUUCACACAGGCAAAGCUAUUAGCUGCUCAGGAAUAUGCAACCUCAUCAGGAUUGCCUGUUCCUAGAAAUGUUUUGAUUCCUCGAACAAAGGGUUUUGUUUCCGCAGUAAGUCAUAUGCGCUCAUUUGUUCCUGUCAUUUAUGAUGUGACGGUGGCUAUCCCUAAAAGUUCAUCAGCUCCUACAAUGCUAAGACUCUUCAAGGGGCAACCUUCAGUGGUGCAUGUGCAUAUCAAACGGCAUUUAAUGAAGGAAAUGCCUGAAACAGAGGAAGCUGUUGCGCAGUGGUGUCGAGAUAUAUUUGUGGCUAAGGAUGCAUUGUUAGACAGACAUAUAGCUGAGGAUACCUUUCCUGAUCAAGAGCUGCAAAAUAUUGGCAGACCACUAAAGUCUCUUCUGGUUGUAACCUCUUGGGCUUGUCUGGUUAUUGCUGGGGCUGUAAAGUUCCUCCGAUGGUCUUCAUUCCUAUCAUCCUGGAAGGGCGUUGCAUUUUUAGCUCUGGGUCUGACGGUGGUUACUGUCCUGAUGCAUAUUUGAUUCUGUUUUCUCAAUCAGAACGUUCUACACAUGCCAAGGUAAACCCAUCAAAGCCUAGAAACCGGGGAGACAAGGAAGAGUCUAGACGUGACAAAGAACACUAAUUUUACCCGCUUCUUCUCCAAAUCUUCCUUAUGAAAGGGCUUCUUCUACGGCCACAAUUUGGUGAGUUUAAUUUAGUGCCAGUGUGUUUGCUCUUUAGGGACUGGUGUUGAAAGCUUUGAAAAUUCACACUGUUGGAAUGUAUGUAGCGAUUCUUUUUCCGGUGAGAAAUGACCCAAACUAAGCCACCACCAAAUGGGUCGCAGGGGACCCCUUGAAGAAAUUCUUCCAUGUAGUUUGUAUGCUUAUCGAUUCAUUAGUUUUCUAAUUAAUUAAUGGGGAUUGAAUUUGUAUAGACGAUCUAGAAUGGUUGCAGAAGAAAGUUCAGAGUA